AUGGAAAGUGACACACAGAAACUCAACCUGAAGAGGGAAGUGGGGAUCAUAGGAGCGGUGUCCUUCAUUGCUGGAACCAUGAUAGGAUCCGGGAUUUUCACAUCGCCCCAGUUUGUGUUGUCUGCCAUCGGCAGCUCCGGGGCCAGCUUUAUAAUAUGGACUUGCUGUGGAUUGAUAGCCAUGCUUGCGGGUCUCUGCUAUGCCGAACUGGGCACAGUCAUACCGGAGUCUGGAGCAGAAUACAUCUAUAUACUGCGGACAGCAGGGAGAGUGGUGGCCUUUAUGUUUGUCUUCAGCUUCAUUAUUGUCAUGAGGCCUGCCAGUGCCACAGGAAUUGCCCUGAGUUUGGCUGAAUACGUCGUGGCUCCCUUUUACAGCGGAUGCACCCCUCCACAAGCCGCGGUGAAGUGCGCGGCCGCGACGGCUAUCUUGGUGGUGGCCUUAGUCAACUGUCUCAGUGUCCGCUUGGCCACCGCCAUCCAGGUGGUUUCCAUGGUCGUCAAACUGCUGGCACUGGUUGUGAUCAUUUUGGGAGGGGCCGUGAUGCUUUUCCAGGGACACACUAAGAACUUUGAUAACUCCUUUGAGGGAACAAAUGCUGAUAUCAGCUCCAUUGGCAUUGCUUUCUAUCAGGGCUUGUGGUCCUACGAUGGGUGGAACACUUUGAAUUUUGUAACCGAGGAGCUGAAGCACCCAGAAGUGAAUCUUCCUCGGGCUGUUGUGAUUGCCAUUUCUCUGGUGACUGGCUUAUAUCUGCUGGUGAAUGUGAGCUACCUGACGGUGUUGACGCCGAGAGAGCUCAUGUCCUCCAGCGCAGUCGCAGUAACCUGGGGGAAUAAGGUGCUGGGGAGCUGGGGCUGGAUCAUGUCCGUGGCCGCGGCGUUGUCGGCUUUCGGGUCCCUGAAUGGAACGUUCUUCAGCGGCGGCCGCGUGUGCUUCGUCGCCGCCAGGGAAGGACACAUGCCAGAUAUUCUGGCCAUGGCUCACAUCCACAGGCUGACUCCAUCUCCGGCCCUCAUCUUCACCACCGUCGUCUCCCUGCUGGUGCUGAUCCCCGGAGACUUCCAGAGCAUCGUCAACUUUUUCAGUUUCACCGCCUGGUUUUUCUACGGCAUCACCCUGUCCGGACUUAUCUAUCUCAAGAUCAAGAAGCCGGAGCUCCCCAGGCCGUACAGGGUUCCCAUCAUACUCCCCAUACUGGUCAUCAUUGUUGCAGUAUUCCUCGUGCUGGCACCCAUCAUUGACGAUCCUCAGAUUGAAUACCUCUAUGUGACUUUAUUUAUCUUAAGCGGAGCUAUAGUUUAUGUACCCUUCAUCCAUUACAAGCUCUGCGGGGGGCUGUUGACCAAGUUGACAGUGUUCCUGCAGCUGUUCUUGGAGGUCGCGCCCGCAGAGAAGAACUUGUGAUUCGGGCAGAAAAAGGGAAACAUUGCAUUUUACAUUUAAUAUGAACCGAGCGUUGCCUCCUGUUUCUCAGUAAUACGAUGCGCUUUUAACACCACCGGUAUUUGCAGAUGAUCUUAAUCACAUGUGAAAAAUAUAUAUGAAUAAAAACUGCAACGUUA